UUCGCGCGAGAAUUGGAUUUACAAAAGUUCGAAUAUACUAUGGUUCUAUUUUACAAAUCGUAUAAACCAUACAUGGCUAAAUGUAUUGAAGCCCUAUGAUAAUUAUGUUGCCAUGUAAUUACAUAUUUUUCCAUUUUUUCCUCAUUUUUCCAGCGAGCACAGUAGAGCCGCCUACUACAGCGAACACAACAGAGCCGUCUACUACAAGCAACAAGACUGGAGCGAACACAACAGAGCCGCCUAUUACAAGUAACAAUACUGGAGCGAACACAACAGAGCCGGCUUCUACAAGUACCAAGACUGGAGGAACAGAAGAACCGGAUGCCAAAUCCUGGAUGUGGAUUAUAAUUGGUGCUAGCGUGGGAGGAGUGGUUGUAUUCGUGAUCGUUGUCAUUAUCGUUUGCAGAUGUUUGAAGAGGAAGAGAAAAAACAGAAAUGUUGUGUUACCUAAUGAUGCUGAUGCUGAUGACAAACCUGGAGGAAACGUCGCCAUGGAAAGUUAUAAUCAGUCUGAAGAGAGGCCAAAGCUAGCACCCAGCCAAUGAAACGCUUUCUUCUGUCUUAAAUGUAGAAAGUAAGCACCCCAUAGAUGGCCACCGCUCAGCUGUCUACCACACGUGUACUAGGGGACUUUAGAUGUCACAUGGGAACAAUAUUAGUCCGUAGAUCAGUGUCCGCAGUUUUAGUCGUAUGAUGGUAAACGUUUGUCAGAACUUAUCUAGAAAACAUGAUUAGACGUGAACCCCGUGAAACUAAAACGAUUUUGCAAAUGCGUUUUCCACGUCUCGUGAAAGAAAGAUUGUAAAAUAUGAGUGUGUCAUAUCGCUUAACAGCACCUUAGUACACCUUAAGCUCUUGAUACUAUCUUAUAUUUAUCUUAUUUGAAAACUGGUUAGAAAUUUUUUUAAAAGUGGUUUAGAAAAAGCCUCGGUUGUUCGAAGGCUGGAUAACGCUAUCCAUUGGAUAAAUUGCCAUACAGCGGAAAGAAUAGAAUGUUUUGUUAACACCUAUCAGCUGGUUAGCAAUUUAUCCGGCGGAAAAGCGGUAUCCAGCAUUUGAAAAACCGAGGCCAGAGGUAUAGUUUCUUCAUACGGAGACCAUUUUCAUCGCUAGAUAGUGUGUUCAAAAUUUAGGUCGUGUUUUAUUCGGUUCAACCGUUUCAGGUCUACUUUGGGAACUUAAGUCGCCUUAAGUCGUCUGAAGUCACCUUAAGUCGCAUUAAGUUGCCUUAAGUCGCUAUUGGUUACGCAAUGUUAUAAGGGUUCCAACCUUUCCAAUUGACCCCAUUCACUCCACUCCAAUCAUAAGGAUCAGAGGAGGAGGCAUGGUGGCAGAAUGGUUGGUGCACUGGACUCAUCAUUAAGCAGUCCAGUUUUGGUCAUUGCAUUGUGUUCUUGGGCAAGAAACUGUAAGCUCAAAGUUCCUCACCUCUUCCAAAUGUAAAUAUGGGUACUGGUUGUGAGGGGAGGAAACCUUGCAAUGAACUAUGAGUUAUUUUUAGGUGGGCAAGUGCUUCCAUAUACAUGGAAACCCCGUGUGAAAAUAGUCAUUCACCUGUCUAGCCCCUGUGCUGGUAUGGGUAAUUCCUACAUAUAGACAAUCCUGAUGUAGGAAACGUGACAAUGUAUACUCUUCUAUUUUCUUAAUAAAACAGCCAUCUGUUUCAACUAAA